AUGUCGACCGACGCUGCUGAAACCACCAAUGCUGCUGCUGAACCGCCUGCGCCAGGAGGAGCGAGCGAGACUCCCCCACCUCCCUCCGUCACCACCGAAUCAGCGUCGCCUGCUCACACGACACAGACGGACGAGACUGGCGCAGGAAUGACUGAGACUGAACGGACAGAGGAGCCGAGGGACCCGCAGGUCGACCAGCUGCGUGCGCUGUUCCCGCAGGUCGAGAUAGAGAUCCUGGAGGCGGUGCUUGCAGCGAGCGGUGGGUCGCUGGACGAGGCGACGGAGCAGCUGCUCGUCAUGAACGACCCAGAGUACAAGCCGGACCCCGUCGAGCUCUCUCAACUUGAGGCAGACGAAGAGUACGCCCGCCAACUCGCCCGCGAAGACGAAAUCGCACAGAUGCAGCAGCGUGCCAACGCUCCCCGCCGCUCGUCGUCGAUGCCUGCGUCUCAGCAACAACCGCCUCAACCGCUCGCGUACCAGCCUUAUGUCCCCAGAUCUCGAAGGACGGCGCAGCCUGCGUCACCGAAUCCGAGCAUGUCGAGCUGGCAGCCCCCUGCGGAGCAGUCGCGACAGCAGCAGCAGCAGCCGGUGCAGGAGAGGGACGAGUUGGCAGAGUUGGGCGAGCAGUUCUCGAAGUUCGCAGAGCAGGGGAAGAAGACGUUCGGGAGUUUCCUGACAAAGGUCAAGGAGCAGGUUGCGAAAGUCGACGAGGCAAUCGUCCGCUCAGCCUCUCCACCUCAACGCGACCAACCCCCUCCUCCUCCCCCUCCCAAACUCGACUCUUCCGCCCCCUCCUCCUCGUCGCCUCGCGACCUCCUUCGCACAACCACCAACGCCUCCACUUCUUCCACCGCAUCCUCUUCCGUUGUCCCUGAACUCCUUCCUCGUCCUUCUUCGUCCACCUCGAACCGGUCUGUCUCGCCUUCGCUCGGGGCGAGCACGAGCAAGGACGGCGUGGCGCGGCCCUCUUCUGCAAACCUCUCUACAGCGACUCCGGCCGACGACAAGCCCAAAGACCUGCCGAAGAAAGACUUUACCUCCAAGAUCCCCGGCCUCCUCCCUCGCCAAUCCUUCUCCCUCCUCGACUCCUCUUCCUCUCCCAAAUCACCCUCACACGAAGCUACUUCACCCAGCGCAGGCGGAGCAGGAGCAGGAGUCGUCCGCAGUCCGCUCAGUGCGCCGAACCAUGCGUUGGGGGACGAUUCGGAUGAUGAGCUUGAGUAUCAGAGGAAUCCGUUUGACGAGGACUAG